AUGGGAAACAAAGGAGCGAAGAAUAAUCCAAUAUAUACAGAACUUACAUCAAACGAACUCGCUACUCUUCAAGCAAGUACUAAUUUCACUGAGAAAGAUAUUAGAGAAUGGCAUGUUGGGUUCUUUCAUGAUUGUCCUAAUGGUACUCUCAAUAAGCAGAGAUUUAUACAGAUCUUUAGACAAUUUUAUGUGGAUGAUCAUCGAGCCGAGUACUUUUGCAAUUAUGUAUUUAAGAUGCUCGAUAAGAAUCAAGAUGAUGUAAUCGAUUUUGAGGAGUUUCUUUUCGCUAUUUCUUCUUCAAGUCAAGGCGAGUUACAAGAACGAUUAGAAUUAGCGUUUGAUAUGUACAAUGUCACCGACGAUGGAAAUAUGGAUGAGGAAGAAUUAACUAAUCUGAUAUCCGCUUUGUAUCAUCUUGUCGGUGACAUUAAUCGUAAAAAUAAUCCUAAUCCAAGAAAACGUGCCAAAGAAAUUAUUCAGAAAUUUGAUCAAGAUAACGAUCAAAAGUUAAGCAAAACUGAAUUUAUUGCUGCUUGCAAUGAAGACAAACAUCUAAUGGACAUGCUUGCACCUAAUCAAAACCCAGAUGCAUAA